AUGCCUUCCACUAAGCAGACUAUUUCCGCGCUCGCCAUGACGGCGAUCGCAUCUGUCAACGCCGCCAUGGGCCCUGCUUUCAGCACUGGCCCUGUUGCCUCGGACUCUUUCAUCCGUGAAUCCACUUCCACUUUGGUCCUCCCUGAAGCUCCCAGUGGUUCUUCCGGCGAUGCUUCUCUCUGGGUUGGCAUGGGUACCUCGAAUGGUGACCUGAUCCAGUCCAUUGCCGACAACUGGGAGUCGAGCUCUUGGAGUAUCUUCGCCUACACCCUGCUCUCCACCAGCGCUACCACUCAGAUGCCCGUCCAGGGUGACUCUUCCACUGCCAAUGCUGGAGACAAGGUGACCAUGCAUUACAAGUUUGAUGAUUCCACCGGUAACUACACUCAAACUGUUCUCGUGAACGGCGUGACUGUUUCCACUCUGUCCACCAGCGAUGGGCAGGCCCAGGGUUGGGGCAGUGCCGUUGAGUGUGCUGAGGAUAACUGCGGCACCAUGCCCGCUCACACCUGGAUCGACACAGAGAUCAUCCUGGACACCGCCGACCCAAACUACAUCAACACCCUGGGCAAGGGCGAGGGCGUCACCGGUGACAUGACAACCAGCGACAACGGCAAGACUUGGACUGUCAGCACCAUCAGCAUCCCCGAAUUCACCUUUGGUAGCUCGUCGUAA